AUGUCACGGGGAUUAUCGGAUGGGACCGUUCAGAAGGUACCCUCCGUGUUCGCCUGCCUUCUAUUUUGGUUUCCGACCGUUUGCAUCUUUUCACAUCCCGCUCAACACAUCUCAGUACUCUUCGUCCUUUGACAAUGGCAAUCCACAAGGUUCACGCUCGUCAAAUCUUUGACUCUCGUGGCAACCCAACCGUCGAAGUUGAAGUCACCACCGACAAGGGUCUUUUCCGGGCCGCCGUUCCCUCAGGUGCGUCCACUGGAAUUCACGAGGCCCUUGAGCUUCGUGAUGCCGAUGGAAAGAACUACAUGGGCAAGGGUGUUUUGAAGGCGGUCGGUCACGUCAACAACGAGAUUGCCGCUGCUCUCACCAAGGCUGAUCUCGACAUCACCAACCAAAAAGCUGUCGAUGACUUCCUCUUGAAGCUCGACGGUACUGAGAACAAAUCCAAGCUCGGUGCCAAUGCUCUCCUCGGCGUGUCUCUUGCAGUUGCUCGUGCUGGUGCAGCGCAGAAGGGGGUACCUCUCUACCAGCACAUUGCUGACAUUGCCGGCAAAAAGGGACCUUUUGUACUUCCCGUUCCCACGUUCAAUGUCAUCAAUGGUGGCUCCCACGCCGGCAACAAGCUUGCCAUGCAGGAGUUCAUGAUCAUGCCCACUGGCGCUUCCUCCUUUUCCGAAGCCAUGAAGAUGGGCAGUGAAGUGUACCACAACUUGAAGUCGGUUAUCAAGAAGAAGUACGGACAAGAUGCCACAAAUGUUGGUGAUGAGGGCGGUUUCGCUCCCAACAUUCAAGACAACCACGAGGGCCUUGAGCUGUUGAAGGUCGCUAUCGAACAGGCUGGUUACACGGGCAAGAUCAAGAUUGCCAUGGAUGUGGCUGCUUCCGAGUUCUACAAGGACGGCAAGUACGACCUGGACUUCAAGAAUCCUGAUUCCGACAAGUCCAAGUGGUUGUCAGGAGAGCAACUGGCUGACCUGUACAAGUCCUUUAUUAAGGAAUUCCCAAUUGUAUCUAUGAGAUCCUUUCGACCAGGAUGACUGGGAGUCGUACAGCAAGCUCACCAGCGAAGUUCAGAUCCAAAUGUCGGUGACGAUCUUCUGGUUACCAACCCUAAGCGUAUCAAGACCGCUAUCGAGAAGAAGGCUUGCAACGCCCUUCUCUUGAAGGUUAACCAAAUCGGUACCGUCACCGAGAGUAUUCAGGCUGCCCUCGAUUCUCAAGCCGCCGGAUGGGGCGUGAUGGUGUCCCAUCGGUCUGGAGAGACCGAGGACACCUUCAUUGCGGACCUCGUUGUUGGUCUUAACGCCGGCCAAAUCAAGACCGGUGCUCCCUGCAGGUCUGAACGAUUGGCCAAGUACAACCAGCUUCUCAGGAUCGAGGAGGAACUUGGGUCCCGCGCCGUCUAUGCGGGAGAGAACUUUCGCAAGCCCAAGGCGUAAACUACCAACGUGAUAAUCCAACCAACCACCCUAUAAUCCCAUUCGUUUGUACAUUGAUAAUAUCACAACUGCCUUCCGAACCGUUCGGUUAGACGUUCAAGUGUAGCUGACAUUCAUCAAUUCCAUAUUUCAUCGACUACCAAACCAUCUACAUCGCUGCUUAAUGGGGAAUGUUGCCUUAACUUUACUCCCGCCUCUUUCAGUAAUC